ACCUAAGAUGAGGGGUAUUAGGAAUUCAUCAGGGAACACGAAAAAGUUGUUAGAUAAUGGAAUAUCGUCUUUGGAAGCGCAUGCGUGUCAAACAAGACGUAUGUUUGUACGAGAUAACUCGCGUGUCAUUAUCACCAAAAACUGUUAUUGGCAAAGGCUUUGCUUGCAAUCAUGGUACAUCAAUGAAAUCUGGAUCAGACCUUUACUCCCUAUCAAACAACUAGUACUGGUCACUGAGAACUGGUAGGUGUCACAGUUUCAUUAAGCACCAUCGUGCAAAAGAUGGUCAUCAACCGACAGUUUUCCAAGUCGGAAAAUAAGGUUAAUUUCGUUUCACUAUAAAUAGUGAUCUUAGUGAUUUAAUUUAAUUCGCUUUCUUCUAUAAAUGCCAACAGUUCUCAGAUUGAUCGUCACCUACUUCCUCUUAAACCUUCCACCAAUAUAUACUUCACCUGAUUAUUGUUGCCGUACAUGGAACGCCCAGUGUACGUAAAUCCUGCACCAGGUGAUUGUGUGGCCUGUCUCAUGUACUGUAUGUGUUUAUUGAAGUCUAGUGGACUUCUUGCAGCUGAUAGGUUCACUGGUGUGCCUGCUUUUGAUUGAUUAACUGGUGUCACGUGGCCUGUACUUGUUGGCGUGGUAGGUGCAUGGGUGGUGACGGCAGUAGUUUCUUGUGAAGAUUGCUGAGAUUGUUCCAUCGGUGAAUCUGAAGGUCUGCCUGAAGUAAUGAGAAUUUGAGAUACGUGAGCAGGCAGAAGGAUAUGUAAAUUAACCGAAUAGCUCUAUCAGUUCUAAAUUGUUCUACAAUGAACCCAGUAAGGCCCAUCUGUUGGCUAGUGUUACUUUAAGAACUAGAUGUACCUUGCUCUUUGUUUUGUUCAUUGGAAGAUGGUGUCUUUGGUGCAGCUACUAAUUGAUGAACAGUACUUGUCUGACUGAUGCGGGGUGCUUGUUCUCUUGCGUCUUGCUGAUCUCGUAAAUCUCCACCAUGAUUUUGCUGAUGUGAGGCUUGGUUCCUUGCUGACCGUCCUAACAUUGCGGUAGCUUGAGUAAAAACACGCGAAGUAGUAACCGUCUCUUGUCUGAGGUUCAAAGUUUGGUGGUCAUUCGAACUUGGGUCUGCUUGUAAUGAUCACUUCAUUGCUCUGUUGAAUUUCAUUCACUCUUGCUGGUUCGGUCAGGACUGCAAUAUUGUGUAUGAAUUCAGUGAAAACACUUACUAAUUAACUAUCUUAAUUUCUACUGGAUAACUCUAUCCGUUCUAAACAGUCCCCCAUAUAGCGGGUCCUGUAAGGGAUUGUUGCUCCAGUAUUGUUACAGAAGGAAACUGAGCUACCUUGGACCUACCCUGUACAUUUUCAUUGCUUUGAAUUGUUACACUACUCUCAUUUUCUGCCAAAUCCAUUUGUCUUUGAGUUUCCAUCUCCAAUUUAUUCUUCACAUCUUUCAAUUCUUGUACUUUUUUCCUUGCUUUAGUGGCUGUGCUUUCUGUAUCCAAGAACAGGCCAGCUCUUUUGGGGAUAUGGUUAAAAAAGUCAAACUGCAUAGAAUAAUUUUGGUCAGAAUGCAGAAGGUGCGUGUGGUGCUGGUGGCUCAUGUGGUUGUUGUUGCAUAUGUGCCUUUUACCUUUAAUUAAGGCCCAUUUCCACUCGAGAAAAAUUUCCACGAACAGAAAAUUUUCCGAAAAUAUUGUUAAAAGUUGAAAAUUUUUUCAACUUCAAAUUUUUUUCCGACGGAAAAUUUGUGUCGGCCAAUCACAUUUUACAAAAUUUUCUUUCUCCGGAAAAUUUUCCUGAGUGGAAAUGGACCUUUAUGACCGGGUUCAAUUCCUAUAAUACGCUGUCAUCUGAUUAAGUUAUUUUUUAGUCUAGUGUAAACAUCAAGGAUACAUCUUGAUUAUGCUUUCUGUUGCUGUCUCUGGAUUUCCUUGUAGAUAUUCUGUUUGAAAUAAAGAGAUUGAACGCUAUUGAGUAUUGUGCACUGUCGGGAUAUAUGAGAAUGAUGUUAUAUCGUAUGAAAAGAGUACGACUGCAAAGAAAUAUAUGGGUUCUUAUAGUAUAUUAUAUUCUUACAUAGGUGCAACCUCUAAAUAAUGGGAAAAGAGAAGGACAAAAAAGAAAUUCUUGCCUUGCAUAUGAGUUUUUUCAACCUCCAUUUCUAUGAUCUGUGAUUGGACCCUCGUAAUCUGCUCAGAUACCUCGCGAACUGAAAUAAUGUACGUCAUAAUAAAUCUAUAUUACAGUCAGUUCUUUACUACAUUCAGAACAAACAACACAAGUGAUUCCAGUUACCAGAAGCUUCAGUGUUCAUAGCUGUCUCUUUAACCUUCGACAAUUCUUUCGCCAGUGGGAUGUCCUCGUAUUUCCUGGCAUAUCUUGACCAAAUUUUCUCGUACUUCUCCACAUCUUCUUGGUGCUGUAAUCUACAGUAGGAUUGACCAUUCUACCAUCUUUAUUCAGUAAAUUACCAUAGCUAAUAUGGUGUUCAGGGCCGUUCGAUAUUUCAUUGUGACAGAGAAAGAGAGAUUUAUAAGAGAGAUUCCGUUUGACUUUCAUGCCUACCGCUACUGCCACCAUCAACCAAUCAGAUGUGUUUAAACCACGCGAUUAACCAAUCAAAUGCGUAUUAAGGUAGCGGUAGGGUAGUCAAAUCUUAUCCUCUCUAUCGACCUGGAGCCGGUUGUCCAAAAGCUGGUUAGCACAUUCCUAAGUGGUUAGCAUAGACUCCUAACAGCUUGUUUAUAAACUUAGAAAUACUUUUCCAGAGACGUUUUCUGGAUCAGUAAAAGUUUUAUUCUCUAACGUUAUAAAACAAACUGACCUGCAGAAAUGUACAAACCAAAGCAGUGGAUUAAAUUUGUAACCCAGGGUUAGCGUCAUCGUGCUUUAAUAAACCAGCGCCUGAAUACUUACAGUUGUGUUUGUCGUUCCAAGCUGAUCAUCUCAAAUUUCUUCCGUAAGGCUUCUUCAUGUUCAUCCAACACAGCAGAUGUCUUCUUUAAACUAUUUAAUGAGAACCUUAGGAUAUAGUACUUCUACUACUUAAAAAUCUGGCUACGUAGCUUGUCAGUACAUCAUGGUAAAAUUGGUUCUGUUACUUUUGAUUAGAAUUAUGCGGGUUGUGUAUUUUAUCCCUGGUAGAAAUGUUACUGAAUAAGAUAUCCUAUGUAAUGUAAUGUAAUGUAAUGUAAUGUAAUGUAAUGUAAGAUUGUAAUAGGAUCGUAUAUUAACUUUCAGGAUCUUCAGAAAAAUUUCCAACAAGGAUGAUAUACAAUUACCCUUCACAUAUCUCUCUGUUCUGCUUAAACUUGUUAUGUAGUUGCUUGGCUUCAACGUCAAGGUUUUUCGUGGAUUCUUCUAACUGUUCAGUCCAUGCGAUAGUUUCUUCAAUCUGUUUCUGGAAUUCUACGGAAUAAAGGUCAGAGUGAAAACGUGCGCCGUCUAAAUUGUUCUUUCUUCAGAUCUGGCAAAGCAAUCUCCUUGGAGAAACCCCACAGUGUUUGGCCAAACUUGAAAUACUCUUCUUCUCCAUGCAUGGGCUCAUAAUACACACCUGUUGAUCUUUGUCGUUCGGUGUCGAUGAGUUUCACCAUCUGCAAGUUCUCAGCCUCUGUACGAAUACAAACAUACCAUGUCUCAAUGUUAUCGUUGCACAAUCGUGGUUCAAAACUAGUGUUUAAUAUAUGGGCACCGCUAUUUUACCCAUUGACACUCCGCGAACGCAGGGCCGUAUAGCCACGGGUCCAGUCUGUCUGGUUUCAACCGAACUAUUUUCCGGAGCGCCGAAAAAAUGUGUUGAGCUGCUUUGCUCUUUGCGUCACUAUUAUACCAAGAGUUAACUUUAAUAGACGUUAUUAGGGAUAUUUAAAAGUAUUAUUAUUCUUUUCUGCUUUAUUCCGCACGUCAGAGCGAAGGAAAAACGCAGAUAGUAUGCCUCCGGUGGAGGAGGCUGGCGCAUUAUAUGCAUCCUAUAGCUACCAACCAAAUAUGGUGAUUUAAAUGCACUACGACAUGCAACUCUACCUGCAGUUUGAAGCAGUUUUUCAAGAUCUGCCGAUCCUUCUCCAAGCGAUUCUCUUCCUGGCGAAGCUGCAUCUGAAUAAACUUCAGGGUUUUCCAUAAUCUCUUGUGGUGUUCAGUUGUUAACUUUCUAUAGUAACUACAGCGUUCCUUAAAAAAAAAUUAAAUUGUCAACCACUCAGCCAUAGAUUUUUCUAGCUCUAUUUCAAUCAAUUUCUACUUACAGGAAGUAAAAUGUUGCAUUGAAUUUUUCUUUAAAUACUUGCUCGUAUGAAACUAUAUGCUAGAAGUCGUUGAUUAUAGUGUCAAAAUUUGUCAACAACUCGGCUAAUGGCCUCGUUUUUCAACAUAUCCUUUGCCUUUCACGAAAAAAACACUUAGAAACUUGCUUAAAAUGUUUAAAAAGCAUGUAAAAGCAUUACUUUCACCUUACCUUUCUUAUUUUCGUAUUUUCUUUUGUUAAAAAUAUUUCUUUUGUUUUAUUUUUUUACUAAGAUUAAUAAAAAAAUUAUAUUUUUAUAAAUUGGAUUUUAUUUUCCCGCCACUUUUCAAAUGCUUAGCAGCAUCUAGGAAUUAGCAGGGGUAAUUUUGGUUGGAUUACCAACUGCACGUCCAUAAUUUUAUUUGAAACGAAUGAAAAAAUGUUGUAUUUUGCACGUCUUUACUUUUAUAAACAAUUAUUACACAUUAUUUUGAGGAAAUUAUUGGUUUCUGUUUCUAAAUAUGCUUGAGAUAUGUUUAAUUUAAUUAAAAAUGAAAAUAAUUUUUCUGUUUUGUUCAUAUUUUUGCAGUUUUCAGAAUUGUAUGUCUAUCCCUAAAUGAGUAUGAAUUACCCUAUGCGUCCCACUGUCUUUAAAGUUCAAAGUGACAACAAAGUGCAAAAGUCGAUCGAGCGAUCAGAAAAAUCCAAAAUUUCCUCUGUUUUCUUCAAAAGACUCUUUGCUUGCUUCGAACAGAAGGUAUAGUUGUAAAUUAGAUAUUUAUUUCAAAAGAACGACCGAUUUGUGGCUAAUUUUAGCAAAGUUGGACAGCCUUGCAUGCAAAUUAUUAUGUAACUUCAUGUGUUGAAUCUGUUUAAAAUUUUAUAUGUUUGUUGAUGUAAAUUAUAAAUGUACACUGUGGACAAGGAUUCUGUCCGAGAGAGAUCUAAGGAGUGGUAAUCUGCAUGAGAAAUGCCCUUUCUUGGAGAUCUGUAGCUGUAAACUGUUCGCAAGUACUUCCUUGUGAUACCUGUGUACAUGUCAUGCAGCACGUCAGGGAAUAUUUGUCUUAAUACACACCUUUUAUACUAUAUAUGCAGUACUCUGCAGAUGAUUAUGUGCAAAAGUACAGCAAAACGUACUGUACAAAUCUAGAUGCUUGUGUUUGGUUAUAUUCCUUUUAAACCCUGGCAACUUUUGACUGCCAAUGUCCACAACUCUUAUCAACUUUGAGCUUAUUCAAGUUUUGAUGAGAGUUUUGGUAUGGUUUUGGUUUGCAUGAUAAUAUAUCCAGUCAACUGUCAUGCAACACUUGUUCUUAUAUGACUGGAGCAUUAGAGUUAAAGCCCUCACAUAAGCUUUAACUAUUCCUCUUUGCAUUAUCAAAGUGUGAAGUGUCAUGAUUAAUUGCAUAGCCUGAUAUAUAAUUUUUUGUAUGCAUAUUAAAAUCUAUGUUUGUCUUUCUACAUGUAACUUAGUUUGUACACAUCCAUAGAUGAUCACUUUGUGCUUAACUAGAUGGCUAUGAUAACCAGGAUCCAUGCAAGACAGAUUUUUGAUAGCCGUGGCAAUCCCACAGUAGAAGUUGAUCUCACCACAAGCAAGGGUAAGGGUAAAGGAGGGAUAUGCAUGUCACUUAUCAAGUAUCCAAAACCAGAUCUUCCAUGACAAAAUUCAGUUGAAGGGGAGGGGGACUAACAAAGCAAAUUCAAGAAACAAGCUUCCUAGAGCAUACAUCAAUUAAGCCUACCCAAUACAGGUGUAUGUCGUGUUGGCUAUAGAGCCUCAUUUUCGUGAUUGAGAUGUUAGGCUUUAAAUUAAUUAAUCUUACAUACAUGAAAACGAGGCUCUAUAGCCAAGAUGGCUGCUUUAGGGAAGGGUGUAUUAUCACCUGUCACAGUGUAACUUAAAAAUGCAGGAAAUUGUCUUUGAGAAACCAUAGAAAUUGCAUUGAUCAUGUUUUGAACAGGGUAUGCCAGUCAACUUGAUAAUCAAGGACCCCCCUCCCCCUCCCUGUAGGUUUGCACCAGGUGUGUUACUGCACCCUGUUUACACUUGCCCAUGCUCCUAUCCUAUCACCAUGCUGUUGCCAUUCUACUAUAAUACUGAUCGCUUUAUUAAACAUUGACCGCAGGUUUGUUUCGAGCUGCUGUGCCAUCAGGUGCUUCCACCGGUAUUUACGAAGCUUUGGAACUGAGAGAUAAAGACCCAGCUGCAUAUUUAGGAAAAGGUACAUCACUCACUAUAUGUACAGUCCACUCUAGUUUCUAUUAAACAGCACCCCCCUCCCUCUGAAGGAAUGUACAAUAACCAUCACCCUUUGACUGAAAUCUCUAUGAUCUAUGAUCAUCUAGAUAAGCUUGAGGCUUUUGGAAAAAUUGUCCUUUUUAUUAAUUAAAAUAUUGUUUAAAUCAGAUGAUCAUUUCGCCCCGCCCUCCCGUCUCAUCCUGAAUAAUUUAUUAUAAAUUGAUAUGAGCAGAUUUCAGGGUGUGGUCUGCACCCCUAUCCAAUCAAAAGGCAGGGGGUUUCACACUCCCUCCUCUGCAAUCUAGGCGUGGCUAGCUACUCAGCCUUCUUGCAAUCAAGGCUCAAAUAUCUACUUGUCCUUCCAAUCUCACCCUCACCCCCCCCCAAAAAAAAAAUCUCACAUCACCACCACUCCCACAUUUCCACUACUCAAGAAACAUAGUGGUAGUUAAACGAAUGACACCCCCACUCAACGAUAUUCUGAUAUGAAUAUACACUGUCUCUAACCAGGUGUACAGAAGGCUGUCUCCAAUGUGAAUACAGUUAUUGCACCAGCUUUACUGGGAAAGGUGAGAUAAUGAAAUUUUAGAUCAGGGUUAGAAGACAAAAUUGAUGCUUAUCAAAUGUGGCUACCGAGAUAGAAAAUUGUAACUCGCAUCAACAAAUAAGAAAACGUAAACAAUAGUCUGUGAUUGACCAAUUGUGCCACAAUCGGAAAUCACCAAUUGUUCAUGUCUACCAGUUGUUUGCCACAGCAAAAAGAGCUUCAAAUCAAAGCUAUCUUCAUUAUAUUCUUUUUUUCAGGGUUUUGAUGUCACUAAUCAAGAAGCCAUCGAUAAAUUUAUGAUCGAACUGGAUGGCACUGACAAUAAAGGUAAAAUUCCUCAUCGAGUACAAUAAAUGGACUUACGGUAUUAAUAAUUUUGAUAAUUGCUUGAUAUUAAAUCAUCUCUCUUCCGUAGGCAAGCUCGGAGCAAAUGCUAUUUUGGGUGUGUCUCUUGCUGUAUGCAAGGCUGGCGCUGCACAUAAGGUAAUUUAAUUAACGCAGCUUUGAAAAUAACUUUAAUUUACAAACUUCUAUUUAAAGACGAAGAAUUACGGGAACCACUGAGUAUUUAAUGAAAUACAACGGUAAUGCCGAAAAUGAAAUCGGUUUACCAGGGUUUUUUCUUGUAUUUCAUUCUUGAAUGUUGCACCAUAUGAUCAAUUAGGGACGUGCAAUUACUGGACUAUAGGGAGACUGAUUGAUUCAUGCAGUUUAAAAACGUUGGUAAAUUAGAGUUAAUUAUAAUGUCCUCCUGUAGAGACACGAAGGACCAAUAAGACCGAUUACACUUACUUGAUCAUUUGCGACGAAUUCCAUUACAGGAUAUGCCGCUGUAUCGUCAUGUUGCUGAUUUGGCUGGAAAUUUGAAGGUCGUCCUUCCUGUUCCGGUACGUAAGUUAACACGCAUUGCGGUUUUACAUUUGAUAAUCAUCUAUAACUGUCUUAUAUAUAAUUGCAUAUUUCAAGGCAUUCAAUGUGAUCAAUGGAGGAAGUCAUGCUGGAAAUAAACUGGCCAUGCAAGAAUUCAUGAUUCUACCAACAGGUGCGAAAUAUUGCUCGAAUGGUCUAUGCCAACGAAGGUAGUGAUCAUAACACCAGAAAGCUGCAGAUGGAGAGCGAUUCAACUGAAAAAUACCAAUACCAAAAUACCUGAAAAUACAACUUCGACGUUUCGAGCGAAGGCCCUUCGUUGAAGCACACAACAUUGAACAGGGAGUAGGGGGGUUAUGUUACCAUCGAUCCACGAAUAUUCUAGACCGCGAGCAGUCCCUCGUAAGAAAGGAGGGACCCGCCGACAACACAUCAAGAAACGAAAUACGUACGCCCACUUUUCGCUCUUGUCAAGUUGGCUCCGUCUUUGCAUAAACAUUACUUGUAUCCAGUAGGGACCGUUAAUGUCGUGUUUAUUUAUAAAAUCAACAUUCAGUCUAGAAAUUAUUUAUAGCAUAAUUACUACGUAUCAGAUUUGAUUGACAGGCGUAUCGAUUUCGACCAAUGGGAAUUUUGCGUUGUGUGGGCAACGCGUAUUUCGUUUCUUGAUGUGUUGUCGGCAGUCCCUUCUUUCCUUUCGCAAGCCCGGAAAUCUAAACCCGCGGAAAGGUGGGACCGCUCGCAGUCUACGGAUUUUGUCACUGAUUGUAGGUGCUGAAAGUUUUACUGAAGCGAUGAAAAUUGGAUGUGAAACAUACCACACGUUGAAGAAUGUUAUCAAGAAAAAAUAUGGUUUAGAUGGUAAGGAACCGAAACACUCUAUAGUCAGGAUGCAGAUGAAUAAAAUACCGAAUUAAUGCGGCAUAAAUGAAUAUGUUUGAAAAACGUUUUCUAGCCACUGCUGUUGGGGAUGAAGGUGGAUUCGCUCCUAACUUCCAAGAUAAUAAAGAAGGUAACUGAAAAAGUUGAUUUGUGCGGUUUGAUUAAUUGGCUGUAGACUCCUAGUCUGGGAUAUUGUAGAUGGGAAGAUAGACAGAAGAAUGGUUGAUUGGUUGGUAUGAGGGAGGACCAAGAAGGGAAGAAAGGAUACGUGGAAGGAAGGAGGAAAGGGAGGGGGGGAGGAAGGAAUGAAAGAAGGAACCGGAGGAUAGAAAGGUUGGAAGGAAGGGAGGAUGGAGAAAGGAUGCAUGGAUGGGGGGCGGGGGGUGGAUGGGUGAAAACACGAAAUGGAGGGGGGAAAGAGAGGGGGAAGGAAGAGUUGGAUGGAAGAUAGAAGAUAAAUGGAUGGAUGGAUAUAACGAACAGUAGUUAACAGUAUAUUUUGUUAACAGUAAUUUAUACUUAAUACUUGAUAGGUCUUGAAUUGCUCAAAGAAGCCAUUGCAAAAGCUGGGUAUACUGAUAAAGUUGAAAUUGGAAUGGACGUCGCUGCAUCAGGCAUGUCAUAGAAUUUUCUCUAUAUUAGAUAAGAUUUCAGUUGUUCCGCCCAACUUGUUGCGUUAAAAAUUAAAAAAUGAUAUUGUGUUGAUAUGUGAUUAUUGGUCUAUUCUGUUCAGAAUUUUACAAAGAUGGCAAGUAUGAUUUGGACUUCAAGAACAAAGAUUCUGAUCCGAGCAAAUGGGUAAGCAAUGUGGAAAUCCAUCUUGGAAUUCGUGGAGUGGUGACAAUUCCAAAACCUUAAAUAAUGGAUAGAAUUCUCAUCUCUGAUCUAUUUCAUUUCAGUACCACAGGGCUCACUUCUGGGGCAGUUACUUACUAAUUUUUCUCAAUAAAUGGUCACAAUCCUAAAUUUACGAUCUUCGUGUGGAGUACUACAGGGUUAUGUUUUAGGACCAUUAGUUUUCUUACUUACCACUUUUAUGUGAUCUACCUUAUUCUACUAAACAUUUAUCAAUCAAUGGUCGCAAUUCUGGAUCAAGAUAUAUUUCUUGUGGAGUACCACAGGGGUCAGUUCCUGGACCCAUACCUUUCUUUCUUACGUAGUACAAUUAGGUUCUGUUUUAAGUUUGAGUUUCAGUAUUGCAGGGUGCAAGGAUCAAUAUGGGCAUCCUCUGUCUUAUAUAAAUAUUGGUCUUCGUUUUUAGAUAACCGGUGAUCAACUCAGUGCCCUCUAUCAAGAGUUUAUUAACGAAUAUCCAG